AUGCUCGUGGCAGCGCCUCAGACUCCAAUGGCGAGCGUCGAGGCGGCGUCGACCGGCACCAGCUCUCUUAGCGCCUGUUGCACAGCCACAACCCCAACAAUAUCCACAACAACCACAACAACGACGACGACAACAGCAGCAGCAGCAGCAGCGACGCGGGCCAUGGCGCGGCACGACCUCUGCACGGACAGCAGCGCCGACGCGAGUGCGGGCGACGAAGACGUGGCCGAGAAACAACAAGCGGAGCGCGCGGGCGCAGCGGCUCUGGUGACGUCCGACGCGCAGUCAGCAGCGCCGAGCAAGCGACUCGUCCGUCGCGGCGAGGUCAAUUGCCGCUGGCUGUACAACCAGGUGCAGGCGUCGCGGGGGAUGAUCCUCAUUGAUACGCGCAGCAAAGCCGAGUACGAGCAAGACUCGAUCCCCUCGGCCCUCUCGAUUCCGCCCAUGGCAGGCUGUGAGACACUGGAAGACGUGGAGAAACAGCUCGUGGACGACCAGCGCUACUUGUUUUCCAGCAAGAAGCGAAAGCUGCGGGACGUGGUGCUGUUUGGAGACGCAGUGAAGAAGUCCGUGGCGGACGACGGGGUGGACGCUAAACACAACGCGAGUGGCAGUUGGCUUCGACAGCUCGAACAGCUCAUCAUUGACGACGGACUCGUGACGAGUGUCAAGCUCAUGUACGACGGCUUCUUGACGUUCAAGUACCGGUACCCGUUUUACACCACGUCGGCACUCAUCGACGAGAUCUCGGGCCAACUGAAGCGGACGAAGAGCGGGACGCACAACCUGAAUUACCCGAACGAAGUCCUCGAGGGGUUUUUGUUUCUCGGCAAUAUGUGGCACGCGCAGAGCAAACAGGUCAUGUCGCAUCUUGCGAUCACCCACGUCGUGAACGCGAGUCUGGAUGUGGGCAACACGUUCGAAAGCGACGGCGUCAAGUACUUGAACGUGACGAUCAAAGACCGCCCGGAAGCAGACAUUAGCUUGUACUUUGACGCGGCGUACCGGUUCAUCGAGUCGGCCAAGCGAACGCAACAUGGCCGCGUCCUCGUGCACUGUACGCAGGGCAUUUCACGCUCGGCGACCCUCGUGAUCAUGUAUCUGAUGCGCGCGAACAAAUGGUCGCUGGUUACGGCCGUGAACUUUGCCUUGGCUAGUCGGGGCGUCGUGUACCCGAACCAAGGGUUCGUCAAGUCCCUCAUGGUGGAAGAGUUCCGUCUGUACAAGGGAAACAGCAUCACCUCGGACGAGGUCGACACGUUGCUGCAGAACUUGAUCCCAGAUCGACCUGUUCCGCUCCAGUCGCAAUCCAACAAGACGGAAAACUGCUCGCGGUGCCACAAAAUGUUUUCGCUGCUGGAAUGGAAGCACAAGUGCAGCUACUGUCGCAAAGCCUUUUGCAGCAAAUGCACCAACACGCGACUGGCGAACCCGGAACGUGAGAAAAGUGCUGCGAGCAAUAGUGUAGUGGACGAACAGCGUCCUCGACGUGUGUGUCAAGUGUGUGUGAGCAGGUUGUGGCAGAUCAACUUGCCACGGUCGCGGAAGGGGCUUCAAUCGCGCAUGCAGCAACGUUGCAAGCACCUGAACGUCAACAGUUUGUCGACAUUUGGGCGCACGGUGUGCAUCUCGUACUUCGAAGGCACGGAGCCACAGGUGAUCAUGGACGUGCUCAAAGUUCGCUUCAGCGUCAAGGAAAACCAAAUCAUCGAUAUCUCACGAGACGACGGCGAGCCCAUAACCUGUGUAGACGAGAUUGGAGGGUUGCCCGACGAAGCUGAAGUGUUUGUCUCUGUGGGAAAAGCUGGCAACAUCCAGGAGCACAAUCAGCGUGGAGCGAGGCAGCAGCCGCAAGGUCCGUCCGCUGCGUCGAGAAGUUACAGCAAUCACCGUCAGCCGCAGCCACGCCAUCAACACGAGCGCUCGCGCCAGCAGUUCAGACGCGAGUUGCAGUCCCCGCGAGACCAGUUUCUCCGCGAACGCAGCUCAUCCGAAGGCAUCGUCGAUACGCUGCAACAACUCGAAAACAGCAAUCGUCAUCCAGAUGCACCUCGCACUCGGUCUUUUCAGCUGGAGACUUGUCACGUCGAAGCGAGCGCGGAUAUGUCCCUCAGCGUCGAAGACCCUGAGCUGGCAGAGCGCAAGUUUCGCGAGCUGUGGAAUCUGUCGUUUCCUUCGAUGGGUGUCAUCGAGCGAGCGGCGCUGCUCAAGAUCAAGCGCCCGACGAUCCUCAUGGACGUGAUGCUCGGCAUGAGCAGUCUCUCUUGUGGUGCGCUCACGCUCCAGGAGUUCAGCCAGCGCCUGAUCGAGCUCGGAUACGCCGACUCCGAUCGCCAGGCUGUGGUCUCGCUCUUGGAUACGGCACGCAGCGCCGACAAGACGGAUCCUCGUUUGAACCGCAGUUCAGAGACGCUGAAUCUAUACGAGUAG